CUAACUCGUAUGUAUGCCAUCUAUCACAGGGAUCUUCCUAUACAUAAUUUAUGUUAAUCAUUAUAUACAGGAUUGAUGGGGAAAACACCGUUUGGCACUAUUAUCAACCCGUGCAGACUCUCGCCCCACCCGGCCGAGUUACUCAGCUAAGUUGAAAAAGCGCUCCUUUUCGUUGUUUCUGUCCGCGGCUGUAAAGCGCCAAACGUGAAUUCGCCCAAACUUGUUAUGGAGGUUCUUCGGCUCCUUUUGUGAAACGCCUGUCAUUAGCAUACACGUUGUUUUUUUGGAACAGAAAACGCAUCACUUAAUAGAAAUGGAAACACUUUUCAAUAAACGUUUACAGGUUUACGUGAAGUGCAAAGAUUGUGAGGAAAGAAAAGCCAAUAUCCGGGUCAAUAUUGACCUUCUGGUGACGUCGAACCCAGUCUACAAAAGAGAUCUCGUUGUAAGGCUCACAGAUGACGUGGACCCAUACUUUCUAUACAGCCUCUCCAUAUCUGAGGAGGACUACCAAAGUCUGAAGGUGCAACAGGGGCUGCUGAUCGACUUUGCCUCGUUUCCCCAGAAGUUUAUUGACCUGCUUCAUCUCUGCUUGGCAGAACAAGAGAAGGAGAGUCCGAGAUUCCUGCUGCACCUGGCAUGCCAGUCAUCGCUGCACGACAGCGCUGCCCACUUCAGCGUUGUGGAGACCAACGCCUUCAAACACCUCAACCACCUGUCCCUGAAGCUGCUUCAGGGCUCGGACAAGGAAGUCAAGGAUUACCUGGCAACAUGCCUCUCGUCACUGAAGGAAGAUAAGCAGUCUCUGGAGAUAAAGCUGAAGAAGACUGAAGAGGACCUCUCUAGACAGCUUGCCUACGCUCAGCAGACUCUGGCGGAGAAAACGAAAGAGUUGGACAAGCUACGUUCAGAAUGGACCAGCCAGACGACGUCGCUCUCCAGCCGCCACUCACAGGACCUGAUGUCAGAGAGGGAAAAGGCUCUUGAGAUCCAGGGCCGGCUCCAGCAGCAGACGGAGCAGAUCCGUCAGGAGCUGGAGGGCAGCCACCAGCGCAGCAGCCAGCAGCUGCAGAGCCGCCUGGCGGAGCUGGAGGCCUCCACACGGGAGCUGACGGAGCGCCGCUACAAGAACGAGUCGGCCCUCCGCGACCUCAUGAUCAAGCUGGCCAGCGCUGAAGAGGAGUCCCAGCGGGCCAAGCAGCAGGUGACCUCCCUGCGGCGGGAGAACGGCACCCUGGACACGGAGCUCCACGACAAGGAGCGCAGCCUGGGCCAGCUGCAGACGCGGCUGGCCGUGCUGGAGCAGGAGGUGAAGGACAAGGAGCAGCUGAUGGGACGCACCCGGGAGGUGCUGGAGGCCACCCAGCAGCAGAAGGAAACGAUGGAAGGAAAUGUUGAAUCUAAAGACCACCAGAUAAAGAAGCUGGAAUCGACGGUGAGAUCGCUGUCUGAGGAGCAGAAAAAGGCCAACGGCAUCAUCAAGAAGCUGCAGGCAGAUGGGCGGAUGCUGGCGGAGAAGAUCAAGGUGAAGAACUCUGUGACGGUGUCCCAGGAGAAGGUGGUGCAGGACACCGCCGAGAAGCUGCACACCGCCCGGAGACUCCUGCAGGACGCAAAGCAGCAGCUCACGCACAAGGACGAGCAGGUUUCCAAGCUGAAGGAGCAGCUGGAGACGACCAUCGAGAAGCUCAAUGAGAGCAAAGAGGUGCUGAAGACCAACGAGAACGUCAUCGGCUGGCUGAACAAGCAGCUGAAUGAAAAGCAGCUCUUGAGGAAGCCCCCUGCUCCAGAGUCCUUCCAGACCCCCGCUGCCCAGUCCACCACUGCAGGCCCGAGGGCCCAGUUUUACCCCAUGGCGCCCAAGCCAACCUUCUCUCAUGCAGAUACUCCGGACUUCCUUCCGCCGGACCAGCGCACUCUGCCACCGCCCCAUAAACUGGUGGAGUCCGGCGGCUUGGACGCCAAGUACUUUGAGAGGAGAGAAGACAGCAUUCCCCUGUACGGCCUGCUGACCAACCUUCAGUCCAGAGAGUUACCUCCACGCCCGUCGAAGCAGACUCUACCUUCAGCAUACUUCUCUGCAUAGUCUUUUAGGCACGGGUGCUUAUGGUGCUACAUCUAUUUAUCAUAUUUGUAUUUCCUGUUUUUAAUGUAUUUAGUAGCGUCCUGUUGGGUCUUUUCCACUUUUUUUUUUACUGUAUUUACUUGUAUGUGCAAAAACGUUAGUAUGCCUUAAUUUAUCUACCACAUUAAAAUCGUUUUGGAAGUUAUCAA